AUUUGCCAAUUAUGGUUGAAGGCGCUUUUGCCUCGGAGAGGAAACUUUUUCUCCGUACAAAGCGUCUUAACCCUGCCCAUCCCCAUCGGCGAGAAAAACAGAAAGGAAGUCAUUAGAGACGGACCAGGACGGGUGGCGAUCCAGAUGCGCCCUAAAAGCGACUAAAAAAUUAGACAUUUUGACCGCUGUUCCUUUCGAGCUCGUCGCGUUCACGGACGGCGGAGUGCAUGUUAAGAAGCUGUCAGGCGAACGCGUGCAGCCUGCGGUCAGGGCUGGUGUCACUACGGCGAGGGUGCGCCCGAACCCGGGGGACGGCGACGGAGAGGACCCCUGUUCCUCGUCGUCGACAUCACAUGAAGACCUGGCAAGGUAACGCGAAGGAUCGCUGCUGAAGUUGAGUGACGGGGACAUGAUCAGGAAGUCCGGUGGCGUCUCAGGGCAGGUUCGGCUCAGUUUGUGACAGGAGGCGCUGCGCCGCGCAUGAUCCGCAGGUCCCAAUGCAGUGCCACUUCCCGGGGGAUUACCGCUAAGGGGUGUGGGUCGGGACCACCCGCCCCUUGGGAACCAUUCCGAAAGCACCAACUUUCCCCACCGCAGUAUCAAGGCGCGUCUCGCAGUUUCUUAGUCACCAGUUACACCACUGCGCAGGUGACUUGUGCUGAACCCCAUCUGGGAUACACGUUAUGCUGAGGGACGUACCCGCAGGCCACCAUGAACGUCACCAAUGGGGAUGAGAGGACCUUCUUCCUCCAGGUCUACCCCAGCCUGGAGGAAGCGGCGGGCUCCUGCUGCACUAUGCGGGUUGCCCGGCAGAUCACGGCGGAGGUGGUGGUACGUCGUGUGGUGGAGAAGCUGGGGAGCGACCCCUCUGUAAGGUACGAGCUAGCGGAGGUGCAGCAUGUCGGAGGGGAGGAGUCGCUGCUGGAGCCCACUGACUCACCGGCUGAGAGGGUCCGGCUGUGGCCGGAGAGGGUGCAAGAGCGCCACCUGCAGGCUGAAGGCUACUACUUUGUGCUCCGGAAGUGCAACGUCGUGGACGACCUGUGCGACUUGCCGGUGCUGUCAGAGACCACUAUCCUGGCGACACUGCGCAUGCGUUUCCGUCAGCAGAAGAUCUACACCUAUGCUGGCAGCAUGCUGGUGGCCGUCAACCCUUUCAAGUUCCUGCCCAUCUAUAACCCCAAGUCCGUGAAGGAGUAUGAGGGCCGCCCGCUGGGCGAGCUGGAGCCCCACGUCUUCGCUGUGGCCGAUGUGGCGUACCGGGCCAUGCUCCAGCGGCACCGCAACCAGUGUGUGCUCAUCUCUGGCGAGAGCGGCUCGGGAAAGACGCAGAGCACCAAUUUCUUGAUCCACUGCUUGACUGCGCUCAGCCAGAGGGGUGCUCUCAGUCAGAUGGUGCAGACCAUCCUGGGGGCGGGGCCAGUGCUGGAGGCGUUCGGCAACGCAAGGACCGCUUACAACAACAACUCCAGCCGCUUUGGGAAGUACAUUCAGCUGAACUAUCUGGAGAGCGGCGUAAUGCGAGGGGCGGUGGUCCAGAAGUACCUUCUGGAGAAGUCUCGACUCGUGUCCAGGGAGAAGAACGAGAGGAACUACCACGUGUUCUACUACCUCCUGGCCGGGGCAUCUGAAGAGAAACGACGGAACUUCAAACUCCUGAACCCCGAAGACUACGUCUACCUCAAGCAGGAGAGCAUUUUCCCGGAGGAUGAGGUGGAUCUCCAUAACGAGUUCAAGAGGCUGCAGCAGGCGAUGGAGAUGGUGGGGUUCUUGCCCCCCACCAAGAGGCAAAUCUUCGCAAUGCUGUCUGCCAUCCUGUACCUGGGUAACGUGACCUACCAGCGGAAGGGAGCAGAGCGAGAUGAGGGAUUGGAAGUCGGCCCUCCUGAAGUGCUCAAGAUCCUGUCCAACCUCCUCCAGGUGAAGCAGGACCUACUGGUGAAGGCCCUGACCCAGAGGAAAUCUGUGACAGCCAACGACACGCUGAUCCUGCCCUACAGCAUUGCUGAGGCCAUCACCGCCCGGGAUUCCAUGGCCAAGUCCUUAUACAGCGCCUUGUUUGACUGGAUAGUCUUGCGCAUCAAUCACGCACUGCUCAACAAGAAGGAUCUGGAAGAGUCUCACUUGUCAAUUGGAAUCUUGGAUAUAUUUGGAUUUGAGGACUUCGAGAACAACAGUUUUGAGCAGUUCUGCAUAAACUACGCAAAUGAGCAGCUUCAAUACUACUUCACCCAACACCUCUUCAAACUGGAGCAGGAAGAGUAUCAAGCAGAGCGAAUUUCCUGGAGCAACAUUGAGUACACUGACAACGUGGGCUGCAUCAAUCUGAUUAGCAAGAAGCCCACCGGCCUCUUCCAUCUUUUGGACGAAGAGAGCAACUUCCCUCAUGCCACUGACAAAACGCUGCUGGCCAAGUUCAAACAGCAACAUCAAGGCAACUCCUACUUCAUUCCCACACCUGUGCUGGAGCCUGCCUUUGUCGUUCGGCACUUCGCCGGGAAUGUGAAAUACCAGCUGAAGGACUUCAGGGAGAAGAACAUGGACCACAUGAGGGCAGACAUCAUGUUGCUCCUGCGAAGCAGCAACCGCGCCUACGUUCGCCAGCUGAUAGCCGCCUCUCCGGCCGCUAUGUUCCGCUGGGGGGUCCUGCGUGCCGCUAUCUACAGCCUAGCCGUCUUCAACAACGCUGCCCGUCAUCGGGCAGCCAAGACAGCAGAGAUGAUCCGACGAAACUCUCGCACCAAGCUCGGGGAGCUGCGUUCUCCAAUGAUCCCCCCAGAGAGGUUAUACAGUACCCAAACCCCGUUGGUCGAGUUCUCCUUCGAUCGCUCGAUGGAGCACCCUCUUGAGGUGUUUGAAGACAUCUUUGCCAGCUUUGAGAGUAGGAAGAGCAGCAAGGCCGCUCGUCAUAAGCAGAUCAUCCCCAAGAACCUGCUUACCUCCUCCUCACUAAAAAUGAUUGUCAGCCUCACUCUGCAUGACCGUUCCACCUGGGCUCUCCUCCACCAGAACAAGAAAAAGAAGCCCCCCAGCAUCGGGGCUCAGUUCCAGGCCUCCUUAAAUAAGCUUAUGGAGUCCCUGGGGAAGGCUGAGCCUUUCUUCAUCAGCUGCAUCCGCUCCAACGCCAACAAGAUGGAGAUGUGCUUUGACAACACGUUGGUGCUUCAGCAGCUACGCUACACAGGCAUGCUAGAGACAGUGCGAAUCCAGCGCUCUGGAUAUAGUGCCAAGUAUACCUUCCAGGAAUUUGCCAGAUAUUUCUGGCUGCUGCUUCCAAAGACCAUGACGUCGCCACAGAGGGACAUUGCCAACCUGCUGCAGAAGAUGGGCCUGAAUCCCAGCACCUAUCAGAUUGGGAGAACCAAGGUGUUCAUGAAGGAGCCGGAACGCCAGAAACUACAGGAUGCUCUUAACCACAGGGUUCUGGAGAAGAUAAUCUAUGUACAGUGCUUCUUCCGCACCCAACAAGAGAGAAGGCAGAGACAAGCGGCUGCUAUUGCGAUCCAGCGCUGUUGGCGUAGGUACCAGGAGGAGAAGCGCUAUAGGGCAGCUAUCAUGAUCCAGGCACUAUGGAGGGGUUCCACCCAAAGGAAGGAAUACCUGCGAAAGCUGGAAAACUUCCGGAACAUGAAGAUGCUGGCCAGGGGUAGGCCAGGAAAACAGAGGUUCCAGCAAGACAAGGAGAAGAAUCUAGAAGAAGAACAAGCCCUGCAAUCCAGGGAGGGUGAACAGGACUCCACAGAGAGGAGGUCAAGUGAGAAAAGGGUGGAGACCAGAGAGGGAGAGGAGUUUCUGAGGAGAGGCGGAUCAGAGGUCUCUCUUGGAGGACAGAAGCAGAAGGCUGACCUAGGUACAGCGUCUGGGGGAAGGGACGUUCCAAAAAUCCUGUUAUCUGGCAUCCAGGACUUACAGAGUAAGAGGGGUCAGUCAGGCCUGGACCAGGGUCAGCAAGGGAACCAGGAGACCAGCACAGCCUGCCAGGAGCUGCCUGCAUCGGGGGUGAGCGUCGGAGGUGUGCAGCCGGAUGAGCUACCCUCCAUACUCCUUACUGGAAACGAGGAAGCGGGAAGAAAGGAGAUCAAGCGGUCACCCUGUGUGCAAGAACGGCCCAACUCCCUGCACCUGGACACUGCUGGCACACUGCAGAGGUUUAGCAAACACACGAUGCUGAAAGACAAGGCGGAGAAGUGGAAGGAACGCAGGGGUGACUCCAAACCUCAGGACGGCGACGACCAGCACCUGCAAAACCCAAUCCUCGACGUGGACAAGGGCUCCCUAAGCCGCCGGAUCUCUGUUUCCCUGGACGACGUGUCCAACCUCAAUCCCUCCGCAACGGACUCCAUCCAAAAGGUCCGGCUUCACUACCGCAAACGGCGGUUAGCCCACGUCCGCAGUGCCCUCAGAAAUGAGGACAUAGGUGACAUGGAGUAUUGGAGUUUCCCGCUUCCCCCCAUGAGCCCCGGCCUGCUCCCCCGGGUGGACAUUCCUGACACCCAGCAUCAGGUGAAGCCACUUGUGGAGAUCCCUGAGGGACCCACUGAAACGUCAAAGUUCAGCACUCAGAAGCAUGGAACCAGAGAGAGUCCGAGCUGUCCGGCGCAGGGCCAUCAGACACCCACCACCCCGGAGAAGUCCGGGUUCUUCAGGAAGAUUCUAAAGAGGCUUCCACAUAAAGAAGCCCAGAUGUCAGACGAAGGGGACGUGACCCCAACCCAUGCACCGAACAGACUAGAACACGUCCGUCCACGAGCCAACCGGAAUUCUGUGCAUAUCAGCCGAGCCACCAGGGUGUCUAUGCAGUGGAAUGCCAGUCUGGACCGUGAGGUCACCAGCGGUGAUGAACUACGGCAGCUCGACGACUUCCUGGCUACGAAGGUGAACGACUUCUCAUGUGGGAAGAAUCUGUCCUUAACGGAAGUCCUCUUCAUUAAGGCUACGAUGGAGUUUCGGGAAAACAUCAAGGGCAUGUACUCCCUGCAGAAUCCUUGCAUUCGUUGUCGCUACAAAGACUUGAUGACAAGCUACCAGAGCAAGGUGACCAGCUUGGCAGGCCAGAAGCAGAAGACGGAGGUACACAUGGUAGUCAACCUGUUCCAGUCUGUGCUGGACGGGUUUGUUCGAGCAGCAAUGAAGAGGAAGGAGACCGACCCAGAAAAGCCUGAGAAGAAGAAGAACAGGCGAGACAAGAACUUCUUGACAGAGCACCGGAUGGACCAUGUGCUCAGCACCUAUCAGGUGAACAUCAUGCAGUCAUGUGACCAGUGUACCUCCUACAUCUGGGGCAUGGAGAAGGCCUACAUGUGCAGCUCCUGCAAAAUGGUGUGCCACAAGAAAUGCCUGUCAAGAAUCAUCAGGUCCUGCUCCACCUACACCCCCAGGAAGGACGCCGAGCCGGGUGGCUCCCAAGUCUUCGGCGUGCAUGUGCGCUACCUGACCGACACGACCCACACGGUGCCCAUCAUCAUGGCCAUGCUGUUGGAACAUGUGGAACUGAACGGUCUCUACACGGAGGGUAUCUACCGCAAGUCCGGCGCCGCCAACCGCAUCAGGGAGCUGCACCAGCAGCUGGAGAAUGACCCCCAGGCGGUCUGUCUGGAGGAGUACCCCAUCCACACCAUCACCGGCUUGAUCAAACAGUGGCUCCGGGAGCUGCCUGAACCCCUCAUGACAUUCACACACUACAGCGCUUUCCUGCACGCCGUAGAGCUUCCAGAAAAGUCUGAACGACUGAAAGACAUUUACACAGUACUGGACAGGCUCCCUCCAGCCAACUUCAACACCCUAGAGAGGCUCAUAUUUCACAUGAUCAGGGUAGCCAAAGAGGAGCCCCACAACCGGAUGUCGACGACCUCGCUGGCCAUCAUCUUCGCCCCCUGCAUCCUACGCAAUCCUGACACCUCAAACCCCCUUGAGAGCAUGACAGACGUGAGCAAGACCACCAUGUGUCUGGAGCUCCUCCUCAAUGAGCAGAUGAGGCUCUACAAGGAGAAGCUGAUGGAGCUGAAGCAGCUGGAGUUUGCUGAAGCCCUGGCCAUUAAGCAGCUGAAGCUGAGGAGGCAGAACACUCUGAAGCCGCCAAUGGACCAGCAGCACGGGAGAGACUCAGUCGAUUCUGACCCGGAGAUGGAGAAGAUGGUGUUGCGCAUCAAGUCCAUCAAACAGGAGAAGGAUGAGAUAGCCUGCACACUGCCCGAGCUGACACCAUCCACUUUGGACCAAGACAGCGUGGAACCUGAGACCCCUGGGGAAGAACCAGUGUGGAUUCUAGCACCUGACAGUAGGGCCCCAGCACCGAUGACAACGCCCACACCAUGCCAGUCUGAGGUGGAGCCAUCGACGGACCCGACUUCCACCUCUCUGGCGUCUGAGUGGCAGUCGAAGAACCCCAAGCACCAGAAACAGACCACACCUGAGGAGAGGACACAAGAUCAACCCCCUGUCUCCAAAGCGCCUGGGGACCACAAGCGAUCCAGUUCAGUCAAAGGUCCUUUGAAGGGUCUCAACAUUCCCUUCAUAGAUGAGAACCUGUAGUUCAGGGGAGCAAAUCACUGAGGAGUUUGUGGGCGGAGUCUGCCCCAGUAAGGGUAAAAGGUUUGGAGGUUUCCCUUAACUGCAGUUAUGGAAAGAUUGCAGUCACAUGUACAAUAAGGGCAGUUGAAACAAGAUUACCAUUUCAGCAAGCCAGCCUUCUAUAUUUUCUGGUUGUAUAAUUUUUUUUUUUUUAAUGUUUAUUAAAGGAAGUCAGAGUGAGUCCUUCAUCAAGCAAGAA